AUGUGAAUGGCAAAGCAAGCAAAUAAUUAGAUUUACACAUUUUUAACAAUUCUGCUACAGUCAUAAUUUAAUAAAUAAAACAGUGCAAAAAUGAGCCACUCUGCCUUGGCCAGUUUGACGGCACAGUACACGGAUUCGGAGAAUGAAGGCGAUGCCAGUCCAGAUUCCCAAAACUCUACUGCUUCACAGGUAAUUAUACCGAAGCAGCAAAGCCCUGCAGUGACGCCUGUCAAGCAGGAACUGGAGCCCCCAGCAAAAAAAACCAAGAAGAAAAAACGUUCCAAGAAAAUGCGACGCCUGGUGAGUUAUCAGGAUGACACUUUAAUCUCCGAUGAGGAGGAGGAUCAAGCGCCUAGUGAGUCAGAGUCCAGCACCGACAGCGCUAGCUCAGAGACUGACGGUGAGGAACAUCAGAAUGACAAAGAUAAAGCAAAUGCCAAGGCAGAAGGAGAAGGUAAUACGCCCAUGGAUGUAGACAAUGGUGAUGUUAACAGUUAUAAUACAGACGAGCGCACCGCUGAGAGCUAUGAAAAGGAUCCCAAAUACGCCAAAUAUAAAUUCCAGUUGCCGCCAGAGCCCAAAGGCAAUCCGCCACCGGAGCUUGUGGCAAAGAUUACAAAAAUGUACACUAAGAUGCGGCAAACUAAUAUGGAUAUGAAUCGUGUUAUACAAGAUCGCAAGGAGUUUCGCAAUCCAAGCAUUUACGAUAAGCUUAUAAGCUUUUGCGACAUUAAUGAGUUUGGCACCAACUACCCACCGGAAAUCUAUGAUCCACUGCAGUGGGGUGAGGAGAGCUAUUAUGAAGCCUUGUCUGCAGUGCAAAAAACGGAGAUGGUCAAGCGACAGAAGGACCGCAAGGACUUGGACAAAGUGGAGCAGGCAACGGCAUUGGCACGUAAAGUCGAGGAGGAAGCCAAAAGGCGAAAAUCCAAGUGGGACCAGCCGGCGCCAAAGGCUGCAUUACCUGCUUUGACCACCACUGUUACCGGCACUAAAGGCACUGUCAUAUCCGCUUUCGGGUCAUUACCCAAGAAACCAGCCGUCUAACCAUAAUGUACAAAUAUAAUAAAAUAAAAUGAAUUUACUUAAGUAACAUUAACAUAACACAGCUCACUCUUUGAUAUUUUCACAAGCUCUGGUAACACUGGUCACACAACAAUAAAAUUCAGCAAAGAGUGCGGACGUGUGUAUGACUUUUUCCCGUGUAAAAAAC